GGCAGGCUGCCAGUAUAUUAUACGGGUGCUGUCUGCACUGAUAACCACUGCUUGGCAUUUGGUCCGGCUCUGUCUUUGUUAUGCUUGUCAGAACUGAGCACACGUGAUCAGGCUUUCUUUAUUAUUUUUUUUGCCAUUUCCUCAGCGCACACAAACAGGCAGACACACAGACGCACAUAUUCCCAGAUUUCACUUGGCAAUGGCCAGUCUGCCUUCUGUCAAUCUGUAAUAGUUUACAGCUGGGAUUGGAAGGGAAGGGAGGGGGGGAGCGAGAGAGAGAGAGGAGAGGAGAGAAAGGGGGGUCUGAUGCAGACAUCACAUCACAUGAGCAGGGAUCUGUUUACAAACUGAACGGGAGCAGUCACAUCACCACAGCCAUGGAGGAUCGGGAAUAAAGAAAAGGAAACUUGCAUCUUGUAGGAGGUUGGUAGAUCUUAUCAGUUUAGUGGAAUAAUAACUAGAUGCCGAUAAUUAGAAUUAUUCUUAUUGAAGAAAAGCACAGCUUGAAGCCCUUUUUUUCCAUUGUGUGGCAGGAAUCCUUUGUUUUGGUUUUUAAAUAGCAAGUUUUGAAAGCAAGACAGAUUCACUUGAGCCUUGGAUGGCUAAUGGCCAAAGGAAGUCGAUGUCACUGAUCAUAUUAUAGACAUGCUUGUUGUGCAUUAAAAACAAUGCACUAACAGUAUUGGCAGAGAGGCGUGCUGCUGCUGGUGACUGGGGUUCUGUCCUAAAAUAAUGUGACUUGCAUUGAAGAGCAAACCCUGUUGUAUGCUCAUCUCAAAACUGCAGCAUACCUCAAGAAGCGAAACCUAACUGUCUGAUUCGCUCAUAAGCCACUUGAAAUCACUGGGUGAGGUUUCUGAAGCUGUCAACACAAGAAUAAUUGGAAAAAGCAUUGUAAUAGACCCACCUUUGGAACAUUUCAGAGCUAAGAAAAAGACAUUGAAAAGGGGUUAGAACUGGAAUCUGCUGGCUUUCCCUGGAAUCAGUAGCUCUGCUCCUGGAAGAAAUACAAAACAAUAGCUUGUGGGAAUGCAGUGCAGAAUAUACCCUGAUAUCUUAUAUAUUUGUGCAUGCUUGUGGAAUCAGCACUGAUUUGUUUCCUGUUCAAACCAGUAAGAAUUGGACGUCAAGCCCGCCCUCUCAAUCCAUGUUAGUGAAGUUCUCCCCAUGCACGCUGACUGGGUAGACUGGCAGUUCUCUGUGACAGGGUGGCAGACUGCUUUCGGCUGUUUUGCUGGAUUGCUGUAGCCGCUCGGAGUCGUAUUUCAUGCACCCGUUCCAGUGGUGUAACGGAUGUUUGUGUGGACUAGGGUUUCAGCAUUCUGACGAGUCCUGUAAGAUGUCUUCAGGAGAAACCUCUGACCUCCCAUUAAACGUGUACGUCAUUAUCCUGGGCGUUGGGCUCUUCAUCUUCAUGCUGAGCAUGAUAUUCUGCUGUUAUCUUUUCAGGUUAAGACGGCAGGGAAGAAGAGAACCGUAUGGAUAUAAUGAGGUGGUGCUGAAGGGAGCAGGAAAGAAGCUUAGUCUCCUGGGGACGUGUGCCGUGUGUUUGGAAGAGUUCAAAGCCAAGGACGAGCUCGGGGUGUGCCCUUGUUCUCACGCAUUUCACAAAAAAUGCCUGGUGAAGUGGCUGGAGAUACGCAGCGUAUGCCCGAUGUGCAACAAGCCCAUCUGCAGGCUGGCAGACACGCGCCAGGGAGCUGAAGGGCCACAGAACCAACAGGAAGUGUAAGGAGGAGGAGGAGGAGGAGGAGGGAGGGAGGCAUGCAGGCUGCUGCGAAUGGAGCCAGCUGUCUCCAUGGUGAUGUGUCCCUUGGCAAGGCAGUCAGUGCUACUGCCGUUCCAAACAAAACCAGAUACAAACAACUUGAGAGGGAAGUUGUGUUAUGUGUAACCAGCUGCCUUGCAGAGAAAUAAUAACGGGAAGCUGUGGGUGUAGGGAGGACAGUACAACCGAGUCUGCUGUAUGCUUUGAAACAAGAGCCGAUUGGCUGGAAUGCGCCCCUUUUCUGCCCUGUCCAACACUGCACAGAUCAGGGGAACUUUUCAAAAGACACGUUCACCUUGAAUGCUUCUCAGACUUGGGGCCAUACUUUUUGGAGCUUAUUUUGAUAACAGCCAAAAAAUUAAGCGUGUGUAGACUAGCAAAUGGUUUUUAGAAGACUUAUUGCUACUAACAAAUUGCCAAUGGACUGGAAAUGAAUUCAAGUACAGUGUUUCUAAUUAUUACUCUUAUUUUCUUGUUAUUCAAAUAAAAAACUGCUAAAAUGUUUUGGCAGUA